GUCCCGGCCCUGACGGCACCGGCAGCGGCACCGCGAGCAGGUGGGCGCCGAGGGAGGCGAGGGCUGCCCGCCGCCCCCGGCCCGUCCCGCCUCUCCCCUCCGCUCCACUCAGCGCGGGGCCGCGGCGGGAAGGCGCCGGCGAAGGGGCCGGCAUCGGGGCCAGGCGGCAGCUGGAGCUCGCCGGGAGGGCCGGGGGCCGUGGAGAGCGACGGCCGGGGCUGUCCCGGCUCUGCGGGGCUGGGAGGGCUCCUCGUGCAAACUUGGAGCCGGCGGGCGGCUGCGGGGCCGGGGUGCCUGGGGUCGGGGUGCCCCAGGCUGCGGGAUGCGCAUUGUUCUGAAGUGGAGUUACGGCUCUUCCACGCCUCGCCCUUCUAUGACAAGUGAUGUAUUUUGGUACAGUCCUGCUGGACAGACCCGUGAUGGUGCUCUGCAGGGCUUCGGUGUGAUAGUAGAGGUGGCAGCAGCUCUCCAAACACCGCGCUGUUGCCCUUCAUGGUGUGGGGAUCCCAGGAGGACUUUGGCUUGAGUUUUCUUUCUCCUCCCUUCCUUCCCGUCAAGGACACAGACUUUGGCUAUAUUUUUCAUAACUGAGUGAAGCUAGAAACCUAACGGAUGCCUGUGCCACCACCACCACCGCCUCCUCCUCCACCACCUCCACUACCUUCUGGAGGGCCCCCUCCACCACCACCACCUCUGGUGAGUUCAGAACUACCCAAAUUGCAGAAGGAUGAGCAGAAAGCACGAAACGCGCUGUUGGCUGAUAUCCAGCAGGGAACUCGCUUAAGAAAAGUGACUCAAAUCAAUGACCGAAGUGCACCACAGAUUGAAAAACCCAAAGGAACUAACAGAGAUGGAGUUAGCCCAGCCAUUAAUAAGGGUGGCUCUCAGCAGCCCCUGGGAGGCUUAUUUGCUGGCGGCUUUCCCGUUCUCAGACCGGCAGGCCAGAGAGACAUGCCAGGAGGGAAGCCUGGGCAGCUUCCUGGAGUCCGGGCAGCGGCUCCCAAGGCCGCAGCCCCACCAAACAGCACUGCAAAGGCAGGCAGCAGCCCCUCAAACCCAUCCGACAGCCCCUGGCCAGCUGUCCCACCAGAGCCUCCCAGUACCUCCCGGGCUGGCACCGCACGGCCCAGCCUGCCUGCACCUCCUCCGCCGCCUCCGGCUGCCAGCAAACCUUCCCUCACCUUCCCUCCUCCUCCCCCACUUCCCCCUCCGGCAGAAAGACCUUCCAAGGGAGGAUCCCCCAACUCUGUUCCUCUGCCCCCUCUCCCUCCCCAGGCUGACAAGCCCACGAAGUUACCAGUAGGUGCUUCGCACCCGCCUCCUCCUCCUCCUCCCUUACCCCCCUGUGGAUUUCCAGCCAGGACAACCGAUUUCUCCCCUGCUGCUUCCUCUCCAUCAGAAGCAAGGGAUUAUCCACCUCCCACACCACCGCCGCCACCUCCUCCUCCACUCCCCACAUUUCCCCCAGCUUCAAACAGGCUCUCCUUCCCACCCUCCCCAGCCUUCAACAGUGCUGUGAGCGGUGGUGACGUGCCCCCACCACUGCCCCCCAAGUCUCCCCACUUGCUGUCCCAUCUGCAUAAACCCAGUAAUAUUCAGUCGCUCCCUCUCCCUCCCACCCCACCCAUUCCUCAGUCAGGAGCAGUGGUGGAGACCAGGAAGAAGAGACCAGGCCGAGGCCCAGGAGCUGGUGCUGGGAAGCUUGCCACUCCUCCACAGCCACCAGCCAGGUCACCAACAACUGAACUCACAAGCAAGUCUGGAGUCUCAGCCUGGGCAACAGUUCAUGACCCCUACCCGCCACUCAAAAAUGGAAAUAUGCAUGUUAUUGAUGACUUUGAAUCUAAAUUUACUUUCCAUUCUGUGGAGGACUUCCCCCCACCUGAUGAAUUCAAGCCAUUUCAGAAAAUAUAUCCCAGCAAGAUAGCUAGAGAUCCCUCUAAAAAUCCACCAUUGAGAACACAUGUGAGAUGAGAAGAACCUUCUGAUGCUUUCUGGACUGGUAUUAAAAAUUGGAGAACAUCAAGAUAAUAUAUGAAACUGAAGGGUCCCCAUUACAGUGAUAGAAAUUACAUUUGAAUCACAAGUGCUGCAAAGUUAACAUUUUUAUAAGCUGGAAGAGAGAUGUAAAUGAUACUUUUGGAAGUACUUUGUGGCAUAUACACCACAAAACUGUUAGCAUAGGCUUUUAAAUAUUGUAUAUAUGUGGAUAUUUUUUAAAUGAAGAAGCAUAAAAUUGAAAAUCUUUGUAGUGUUCAAACAAUUCUUAUCAAGCUGAUAUGUUACCUCAAAGAAUACUUUGUGCAUGAUGUGCCUGUAGUUCAUUUCUCCUCUUCCAUCUUCAUUUUUAAAUAUUUAAGUAAUCCUUCAGUUAUUAUUCAGACUUUUUUUCCAUGAGCUAUCAGAAACUAACAUGACAUGUCUUUUCAUAUGCUUUUUCACUUCUUAUAUUCUACUUGUGUUCAGAUUGCAAAAGAAUGGCACUUUAAGAACAGACAGGCUCAUAAUAAUCCUCAUCAAGCAUGAAGAGAAAGGAGAUAAGGGGUUGUGGCAGCUGUUGAGCUACCUAUUGAUUACAGAUCCCUGUAGGAUAGCAAACAUGUCUGAAGAAACCCAGCUGGGUAGGGUGGCCAUAGACCUCACAACAGUGACAGAACUUUUCCAAAAUGGUUAAAGAAAGAGGAAGUGUGUGUGAAUGCACAUACUAUCAAGUGAGUAGGAAAGGGCAUGUGUCCUGUCUUUUCUGGAUGGAAAGUGGUUACAAUUAACCAUUUGUUUGAUAAGUUCUCUUUACCCAUCAUUUAAGGGGCCUUCAAAUCAUUUAAAGUUGCCUGCCUUGUAAAUAGGCAACUAGAGCUACUGUUGUUAACCCAUAGCAGCAGUGAGGAUGCAUUAUCCAAAGCACACCAAAAUAAGGAGUCCCUAAGGUAGUGAUUCCUGUCAAAUGAAUUGGUUGAAAAAAAGCAAGGCAGCCAGGGACAAGACUUGAGCUCCUGAUUUUAAGACGAAGGCUGUAGUGGGAUGUUUGUUUGGCUCACUGAUGUUUAGAUCACACGAUGUCUGCUUCCAGCAGGAAUUACACAAAUGCAGCAUUUCACUGCAUUAGGAAGAGCUGCGACCAGCUUAUGGGAGGUGAUCCCUCCUCUCUACUCAGCACCAUUGAAGGCAUAUCUGGAAUGUUGUGCCCAGUGCUGGGCUCCCCUGAAAAAAAGAGACAUGGACAUACCGGAGAGAGUCCAGCAUAGAGCCACCAUGAUGAUGAGGGGACUGAAGCAUCUCUUCUGGCAGGAGAAGUCAUCUGUAUUUAUUCUCUCCCUUCUCUCAGAAGUCUUCUAUCUUUUAUCAAGAGUAGUCAACAUGGAUUCACCAAGGGAAAAUCAUGCUUGACCAACUUGGUAGCCUUCUAUGAUGUCAUAACUGAGUGGGUAGAUGAGGGGGGAAGCAGUGGAUGUUAUCUCCCUUGACUUCAGCAAGGCUUUUGACUCUGUCUCACAUAGCAUCCCCACAGUUAAGCUUAGGAAGUGUGGGAUAGAAGAUUGGACAGGGAAGUCAACUGAGAACCAGCAGACUGGCAGAGUCUAGUUGGAGGCCUGUAACUAGUGGUGUUCCCCAGGUCUUGUUCAACAUCUUCAUCAGUGAGCUGGAUGAAGGGAUUGAGUGCACCCUCGGGAAGUCCCUUCCAACCCUUGUGAUGAAAAGACUGAGAGCUCACGGGGAAAAUCUUUCUCAAGGGAAAAUCUUACCACUGUACACGAAUAGCUGAACGGUGAUUGCAAAGGGGACAGAGCGAGGGUCGGUUCAGUAGUGCUCAGUGCCAGGAGAAGGAUCAGUAGACACAAAUCAGAACACAGGAGGUUCCACUGGAACAUGAGGAAAUGCUUCUUUUGUGCAUGGGGUACAAAAAGCACUGGCACAGGUUGUGCAAUCUUCUUGUCAAAAAUCUUCAGAAUGUGCUUAGGCAGUGUGCUGUAAGCGGUCCUGCUUGAGCAGGGGUGGGGGUGGACAAGAUGACCUCUAAAGUUCCCUUUCUUCUUCAACUGUUCUGUGACUUCGCCUUCUUACAGUUCUCUUGGGUUCAGCAGUGUGAAUAAUGGCACUGGUAUUCCCGUUUAACAGCCAGGUUAAUUUAUGGUUAUUUUAUUACUUAUUUUUAUAAAUACCACAUUUUUACCUCACCUGCAGCUGUUAAAAAAAAAAUAUAGGUGGUAGGUGAAGAUCCUUCCCCACAGCUUUUCCUUUGGGCAACAGAAAAGACAGGUAACUACACCCUUAGAUAUCUCUGCUUUUCUGUUAGUUCUUGUAACAGUUCGGUUAUGCUGACUCCUAUUCAUAGAAUUGUAGAAUCAUAGAAUCACAAGGUUGGAAAGGACCUACAAGAUCAUGUAGUCCAACUGUCCUCCUAUCACCAUUACUAUCCACGAAGCUACUAAACCAUAUCUCGCAGCACCUCAUCCAGACACCCAUGCAUGCUUACAGUGUGGACAUGGUGUAAGGGUAAGAAACAUUUAAACAUCUUGCCUGUAGGACUCCAAAGAAGCACCAUUAGUCUUUUUCUAGCCUUUUAUGAUACCUUGUUCUUCAUGUCAAAAGGAAAAAAUAAAAACUAGAAAUGCUUUCUGUUACCAGUAUUAGAGUUACUAAUAAAUAUGCAUGAAUACAGUAAUAAGCAGAAGUCAACACUGCUUCUCAAACAACUGGAAGAGAAGUUUAAUAUUGUAUUAAAGAAUAUUUUGCUAUAUUAUUAUUAUUAAAAGUUGAUGUACUGCUGAUUUUCAUGUUUUGGAACUUGUGUACAACUCUGCAAUAAGUAUUUUCAUAAAUAUUUCAAAGCUAUUUAUAACUCAGACCACAUGCCAGGAAAAUAUCUAAUGGAAGACCAAUUUUAUUCCUCUUUUUAUUAUGAUUAGGAGUGCUUUAAAAAGAAAAAUCUCAUAGAAACUAAACUAAAAAGCCUGCACAUAUUUUUAAGUGGUGGUGCAGUGUUAUUUAAUACAUAUUAAAUCCUUGUUGUUCAAAAUCUUUUAAAGCUUCAGUAAUUCCUAGCACUUGGAUACAAACAAUGACUGCAGGCUAGCACCACUAUGCCCUUGUGCUGUUCUAGGCCACAGGUGUGCCCAGAACCACUGGAAAUUCCAAGCCAUGGAGCUGCUCUUGUUUUCUCAAUGUGAUUGUAACCAAGCAUGUUACUGUAGACACUUGGUUUUUUAUUUGUUUGUAAUUCACUACAUGUCUUGCUUUUGCUUCAGCUAUUACAAGCACUGCCUAGAUCACUGUGCUCAAAAUGAUGAGUUCCGUUGUAAAAAAACAAUUCCCAAUAAGUACAUAAUUUCCCACAAGAUAAUUGCAGAUGUGUGAUCCUUCAAGGGAGCAAAUAUGUUUUUUUGUUUUUUAGCAGGAACACUCUCUAUCUUGCCUCUCUGCCCUCUGCCUGGGACAAGCAUUUUAUCGCUGGUCUCCCCUUCUUCACAAAUAUCCAACUUCAACUUCUCCUUUCAGGACACAGUGCUCUGCAAGCUACAGCUGUAGAAGCAGCUUUGAAGUUCAAUUGGUGGGUGUUAAGUCUAUUUUGAUAAGGGUAUUUUCAUUCAAAGCACCCUUUCAUUUCACGUGUGGAUUUCAUGGGAAAUCCAUUUACCUGAGCUGUCAGCAGUUAGGAAAAGCACACCGUUCUUAUAUCAUCUUCAUCCAGUGCAGUAGUCUCUGGAAUGAAGUGUGCUUCUUGCAGUCACUAUGCUGACGAGGAAGAGAGAAGUUAAGUUUUAGGUUUACUUGGCUAUUUCUUCAUUCUCCUUUAUCCAUUUUUAUAAUACCAAGGCACAGGAGCUGAAAUAAAGGAGAAAGAUCUAGCCAGGUAGAGCUGUUCCUAUGGCAGAGCCUGUCAGAGGAAUACAGUGUGAAUAGGAAUAUGAUUAGGUAGGCCCUACAAGAAAACGUUUUCGUGUUUACGUUCUAUACGUGGAAGUCCAAUGUUUUCUUUUCCAAAUCUCAUUUGUUGUAUAAGGCAAUAUCAAGAUAACGAGGCCAAUGGAACAAAUUCAUUAAAAAAUUAAAACUCUGAGAA